AUGAAUGAAAUUGUACAAAAUGAAAUAAAUAUUUUUGUGAACAAUGAUACCCGAGAUUUUGUCAAACUAUUUAAUUUGGAUGAAAAUUGUCUACAAAGUGAUCCAUCGACUUUGGAUGAUAGUGAUAGCUACAGAAAUGCAUUAAGUAUUGUAACCGAGUUACGAGCAAUGAAUGAUACUGCAGAGCGGGGUAUUGGAUUAAUAGAAAAUUAUAAUACGUUAUUUACAAUCAACGAGGUUCAAAAAUAAUUUGUUAGUGACUAUAGAAAAAGUUUUUCCAAUUGUAUGAAAACAACAUUAAAGCAAUCAUUAUGAACAAAUACAAGCUUUAUAAUUAUUUGUAUACAAAAUAAUAAAAGAAAAAAAUAUAUGUUUAAUGUGAUUACCUAAUUAUUAUCAUACAAUUAAUUGCAUCGAUUAUAUGCAUUAUGUUGUAAUAAUAUAUUAUAACUAUAUACUUUAAUUAUAAGUCUAUAACAUUCGAUCUAGUCAAAAUUGUAUAAUUUACAAUAAUUUUAAGAAAUUUAAUUUAAAAUAAUUUUUUAUAUAGGUAAUUUUAAUGUAUUAUAAAUCGUUCAGGUGGUAUGACGAAUAAAACAAAAAAUGUCCGGCGUUUUAGCUUUUAGUUAUUUUUCACUUAAAAUUAAAACUAUGUCAAUAAAAAUAAUACGAAAUCGUCGGAAAUACAAUUUUUAAAAACCUUGAAAUAUUUGCUAUUUAAUUUGUAUUUCAAGAGUUUUAAACAAAAAAAUGUUAUAACACUAUGUUUAGAUUUGUUCGUAUAAAAUAACAAAAAUACUCAACUUCAAGUGCUCGGGGGCACGGCUUAAACUUGAAAAAUUGAUUUCAAAUUUUACAGAUAUUAUUUUUUGGGGUAUUAAAAACAAAUGAGGGGGUGCUACAAACAAUUGAAAACAUCUAUUUUUAUGGGCCACCUAAUGUAUAUAUAUACUGCUGUCCUAAGAAAAAACGCCGUAAAUCGAAAAAAAAAAAAAUGAGAUUAUACCAUUUUACGUUUAAUAUUAUAGUUUUACACGUUCUUCUUAAGUAAAUAUGGUUAUUUAUACAGAAAUAUGUGUUUAUAAGAGAACAAUAUUGCCGCUAUUGUAAUAAAAUAUAAUCCUUGCUGAGCAAAAACGCCGUAAUCACAGUUUUCUAAGGAAGAUUGUCGUAUGUUUUAUUUCAAAUACGGCGUUGUUGUUUAGGAAACUGGUCAUCGAUUUAAUCCGUAUCUUAUAAUUUAAUUUUAAACUAAUGAUUAUGGUUUGGAAUUUCGCUGUCGUAUGCCACACACAUUAUUAUAUUUUGUUCAGUUAUCGAUGAUUUCUUUCGUGAACAUACUAAGUAAAAUUUUUACUUUUGCAAUUAUGAAUAAUACACAAAAUUAAUUUGUUUAUGACCCAAACAUAACUGUUAUUCCUGGUUCACCAGACUCAUCAACUACAAUAAUUGCAGCAGACUUAUUAGAUGGAAUUGAAGGACUUGAUCAUGGUAAUAUAAUUAAAAUAUAACUUAAAAUAUUAGGUUAUUAUAAUUUCUUUAGGAAAAUAUAGAACUGGGUGUAUGUAAUUUUUCAGAUGAUCAUAAAUCUAUCAUAAAUAUAUCUGAAUUACGUCAAUACUUGAAAUACAUCAAGAACGAUGAAGUAGAGCUUUUCACAAAAUCCGGAGAAAUUAGGAAAAGAAAAAAAUAUUUAAAAAACGUAGAAAUGCGAAAAAAAUUAUAAUUAGACUUAGGAAAAGAUCGACAUGGGGUGUUACCAGGCUGCAGAAAAAGUAGAAUUCGUUGAUAAUUUAUAUAGUUUAACAACUUAAUACCCCGACUAGGAUUCCAACAGGUAACGAAUUUGAAUAUAUUAUGCUGGAAAAAUCCAACCCAACUAAUAGUAAUACAAUUGAAACUUUAAUUAGGUCUCAAAUACCUAUGUCUCAUUUUUAGAAAGUGAUUCACCAUUACUGAUGAACGUAAUUUAUACUUGGUUUAGGAUAGUGAUGGCAGGAAUGAAGACGAUGUUCUUAAGUAAUUUAACUUUUUUGAUGACAAUAAACCAAAAAUACUGAAUUUUCUAAGUCAAUGAGCAAUAAGUAAUAAUAUUACUACUACUACUAAUAAUAAUAAUAAAUGUGGUUGUAAGUGGGUUUUAUUACGAUGCUCUAGCUCGGAGUUUUAUAUUAAAAAUUAAGGGCUAUACUGAAUUUUAUCCUUGUUCGAGGUAUACUAUUGAAAGUAUAUAUUUAGAAAACAUAAUAUGUUUUCCUAGGAUAAUUUUUAACAAAAUGACACAUUCCAAUUUUUUUGAAUCGUUCAAAUAAUAGAUAUCAUACAUCUAAUCAAUUACUGAAAUAUCACAUUUAGAUAUCAUUUAUAAUUUCCCAUUAGAUUAUAUGCAUCUUGUAUGCUAAGGUGUUAUGAAAAAACUAAUUUUAUUGUUGAUGGAUAGUAUAGAAAAGCACCUUUAUCAGUUUGUUUAUAAAAUAUAAAAGUACAAACUAUUUCCAAUAAUCUUACUAAAUUCAUAAAUCAUUACAGAUUUUUCAAGACCUCCUUCCCAGAAGUUUAUAUGAAGUACCUAGAUAAAAAACCACAGAAUAUACAUUAUUUCCUUUGUAUUAAGUAUUACAAAGUAUGCUUAACGAAGGUUGUUAAUCUCAUUGUAUGUGUAUACAUAUAUGAUUUAGAACUAUUCUGACAUCAAACAUUGGAAGGGACCUAAUAUAUUUUUGUGAAAAAUUAUUGGUAUAUUUUGUUGAUAAAUUUUGAAAAUUAUAUGGGAAAAACGUUAUAUCACACAAUGUUCAUGAGUUGUUGCGUAUUAUAGAUAAUUACAAUAAAUAUGAUAGUUUUUACAACUGUUCUUGUUUUUCUUUUAAAAACUUUUUACAAUUUUUAAAAAAAUUUAAAAAACCUCUCGAACAAGUUAUAAAUCAUUAUACUGAAUAUUUGUCAUUUUUUAAAUUUAAAGGUUCUACUGCAAACAAAAUAUAGAAUUUAAAAAGCCACAUAAUGAAGGACUACUUACCUACCAUAAAGCAGAGCUCCAAAGUAUAGGUCGCGAUCAUUUUAGUAGGUCACGUUUUAUUUUUAAAUAAUACAUUUUUUAGACUCUGGAUGGAGCGAGAAAUAUAUUGGUUUUAAAAUGAUAUUUAUUUUUUCUUUUUAUCCAUAAACAACGUCCUUCCAGAAAUAUUACUCCAAUCUUCAAGUACCUUGUAGCACUUUUUUUAAAAAGGAAAUCAGACUGAAGAUGUACUCCAGAAAGGUAAUUUUUUGAUUUUCCCAAGAAUUUUCUCAAUAUAUUGUAUAAUCAGGGAAAACUGACGAAAAGCGGGAAAAUGUAAGAAAUGGAGGUAUUAGUUAAAAAAAAAUAACGUUAUUUUUUAACUAUAACCUACUUUACUAACAGCAAUUUGCUCCUAUUUAGAAUGAUGCUACUUUUUCUGAAAGGAAAUCUGACUGAUGUGGUACUUUAAGGAUGUCAUUUUUUGAUUUUCCCAAGAGUUUUCCAAUAAAUCGGAAAUACAGGAAAAUGUGCGAAAUUAGUUAAAAAAUAUUACGGACUUUUUUCCCCUGUGAAUAAAUUGUCUACCAGCAAAUUGGAUUUAUACUUGCAAAUGAGAGUAUAUGACUGAAAAAAUCUCAUGAAUCAUCCAGAAAUGAAAAUUAAAAACAAAAAAGGUCAUUAUUAUUAUUGUCACCAAAAAUUUAAAAAUUUAAAAAUUAAAAUUUUUUUUCAAAUGGUCGUACCAUAAAAUGUCUGGAAUUCUCUGCCAUAGAAUACUCCGAUGUAUUAUACUAUAUGGUUUUCACUUUAUUAUGAUUAUUUUAUCAUUGAUUAUAAAUACUAUUAAUAGUUCGUAACAAUAAUAAUAUAUUAUUUUCGAGAUUAUUUUAUAAUAUUUUAAUAAUUUCAAUAUUUAUUACUUAUAAUAAAUAAUAAUUAUCGUAUGAUAGAGGACUCCCAAUAGUCAAUUUUAAUUUUACACAUAUAUAUUUAGCUUCGAUCAGUCGUUUAGUUUGCUUUAAAGUAAGUACCAAUAUUUUUAGUUCAACCCGUCGUUGGUAUCGCUAUGACGUAAUGUCUCACCCGAGAUUCCACCAUAGGUGUUGGAUGAGCCCAGUGCUGUUUUUUUCAUAAUUAUUAAUUAUAUAAUAAUCAUAAAAUAAUGAAACCAAUACCAAAUUAUUUAUAUUUAUUUUUACAAAAAAAUGUUCUUAUAAUUUUUUCUCAAAUUUCUCUUAAUCAUUAAUGUUUUAAACAAUACAAAUUAAAAACUAAACUUUUUUAAAAAGCCAUCUGUAUCGUCCGAAUCUUUUAAGUAAUUAAUUUUGUCCAAUUAUCUAAGCCACAAAAUUAGACUAUCGAGCAUUUAAGAAUAAAAUAAAUAAAUUAAAAAUACAUUUAGCACACAUUUAGAAAAUAUAUAAGAUAAAUUAAAUAUUUUUAAUAUGUUUAGGAAUGGACAAUUAAAAGUCAUAAACAAAGAAUUGUGGGUUCGUUGGAUUCAAGUGACCCGUUUUUUGAAGCAGAAAUUUAUUUGAAAGCCUCACUUCCUUUAGCAAUGAAAUAA